UCAGUUCCUGGCAAACAACCUGAAGGCAAAAUCCUCCCUGUGUGUCUCCUGUGUUAUAUCUGGACUCACCGUUAUCAGUCUUUGUCCUGGUCACACCCUCCUCCAGGCAUACCCCCAGCUCUGCACCCCAACAGUCCCUAUCCCCAUCCCAAGGAGAUCCCACACAGACAUAGGCACCCUGGUCCUUAUCAGAGAAGAGGGGCUGGCACCAACCCCCCCAGGACACCUCCAGCCCAGACACAGAUGCACAGCACAGCUUCCCUUGAGCAUCGGAGGGGACAGCUGGGGAUACCCCAGCAAGAGCAAUGGGUGUGUGUAUGUGUGUGCACACGUGUGUCUGUCUUUUGUCUUUCUGGGUGCCUGCCUGAUUCUCUCCACCUGCCCAUUUCUACUUGCUUCCUUCUGCUUCUCUUCCUUUCUGCCACUCCUUGCCAGUGCAUCUGUGUGUCUCUGAACGGCUGCUUGCCCCUUUGUCUCUCUGGCUCCGAGCAUGUGGAUGUGUUUGUCUUGCUGUGAAUGCACCUGAGCUUUUUCGCAUGCCUGUGCAUCCAUCUGUCUCUUUGUGUCUGUGUGACCUCGUCCAUAUGCCUGUGUGUGUUUGCAUGCUCCUCUGCGUCCGUGUGACCGUCUAUUCCCCACACACAUCUCCCCCCACAUCCAUCCAUCCGUCCGCCUAUCGGUCCGUCCCGCCCCGUGCCCCGCCCGCUGCCACAGCCCUUCAGCACCGCCGCUCACGGACAGCUCCUGUCGCCUCCUGCCGCGGCGGCACCGCGCACCGCACCGCACCGCGCACCGCACCGCGCACCGCACCGCACCGCGCCCCCUCCCCGCCGGAGCGCUCCGCCCCGCGCCCCCUCCGCACCGCGCUCCGCCCCGCCGUACAUAAGCGCCGGCACCGCCGCCGGUCCCCCUCCGCCGCCAUGAGCUACAGCGCGGAGCCGUCGGCGCUGGCCGCCUCCUAUCGCCACCUCUUCGCGGAGGCCCCGCGGCGCCCGGAGAUGCUGGCGGGCCGGUGGGUGCGCCCGGGCGCGGAGCCGGAGGCGGUGCGGGAGCGCGGCGCGGAGCCGCGGCGGGCGCGGGGCAGCGAGAAGGAGCAGCUGCAGGGCCUCAACGAGCGCUUCUCCGGGUACAUUGAGCGGGUGCGGGCUCUGGAGGAGCGGAACCGCGCGCUGGCGGCGGAGCUGGCGGCGCUGCGGCAGCGCUCGGACGAGCCGCGCCGGCUGGGGCAGCUGCUGGGCGGGGAGCUGCGCGCCCUGCGCGCCCGGCUGGAGGAGGCGCACGGGGAGCGGGCGCAGGCGGCGCUGGAGCGGGCGCGCCUGGCCGAGGAGACGCAGCGGCUGCGGGCGCGCUGCGAGGAGGAGGCGCGGAGCCGCGCCGAGGCGGAGCGGGCGCUGCGCUCCCGGCAGCAGGCGGCCGAGGCGGCCUCCCGCGCCAGCGCCGAUCUGGAGCGGCGGGCGGCGGCGCUGCAGGAGGAGCUGGCGGCGCUGCGCAGCGCCCACGCCGAGCACCUCGCCGAGCUGGGCGCCGCGCUCCCGGCCGCGGCCCCGCCGCCGGCCCCGCGGCCCGACCUGGCCGCGGCGCUGCGGGAGCUGCGCGCUCAGUACGAGGCGCUGGCGGCCCGCAACCUGCAGGCGGCCGAGGACUGGUACCGCGCCCGCUGCGCCCGCCUGCACGAGCGGGCGGCCCGCAGCCAGGAGGCCGUGCGCGCCAGCCGCCGCGAGGCCGGCGAGUGCCGCCGCCAGCUCCAGGCGCGCCUGGUGGAGAUGGAGAGCCUGCGCGGCGCUCACCAGUCCCUGGAGAGGCAGCUGCAGGAGCUGGAGGAGCGGCACAACGCCGAGGCCGCCGGCCUGCAGGACACCAUUGGGCAGCUGGAGGAUGACCUGCGGAACACCAAAAAUGAGAUGGCUCGGCACCUGAGGGAGUACCAAGACCUGCUCAAUGUCAAGAUGGCCCUUGAUAUCGAGAUAGCUGCCUACAGGAAGCUGCUGGAGGGAGAGGAGACCCUCUUCAACAUGGGAAGUGGCGGCCUUCCAUCUCUCAAUUCCCUCCCCAGCCCCACUUAUUCCUUCCAGCCAAGGAGCUUUAGUUCCUCUACUCUGUCCUUCAAAGAGGAGGAGCAAGGAGAGGUUAUUAAAGUGACCUCUAAAAUAUCAUCCAGCAGGGCUGAGGUGAUUGAGGGGACCAUAACCUCUGUCAAGAAAAGAGGGAGGUUAAACCUGCAUGGAGGAAUCCUUGCCAACGCAAAGAUGUAACCAUCAGGACCCUGUUCACAAGCAUUUGAGGGGGAACAGUCUCCACUCGGCCUUGAAAUUGCUCCUCUGGGCACAAAGCUGCACUGGGCUCGCAGGAAGCCUCCCUUAAAAACACAAACCCCCUCGGGGACACCAACCAGGGAUGGCUUCCUUGCGGGUCCUGCCACACAGAGGCCGAGCUUGGCACAUUGCUCCCUUUUAAAUGGGGUGGGGGCACACAGGACAGGUAGCUAGAGAUGCAUGUUGGUCAUUGUGGUGGUGGCACAUGGACUCGUAACACGCUCCCUCUCCUCCUGCGGCGGGCGAGGGGCAGCCGGCUGGGAAGGCUGCUGAGCCAGCUCUCCCAGGAGGGGAGGGAAAUAACUCAACAUGUUUACUGUAACUAGUUUCAUCAAUUAUCCAAAUCCAUGUACAGCUAAACUUCCCCACUCCUCAAACUGUAGCCAUCCCCUAGAAGCACAGAAAUAGCCAUACUGGACUGUAACUGCACCUGACAUCUGAUCUCAGCCACGUAUGUUUUGAACUAUAAGGAAUGUUACUUUUUCUUUGUACUGACAGAUCUUGUUUUCUGACAGCACUAGUCAAGCCAGGCACAUGCAGCAGGCACAGGGCAGGGAACUGCUACACUGGAGGUGAAGGCACCACUAUGCUAAAUACGAGGCUCUGAGGGCUCCUUGUUAGGCUGCACAGUCUUCACAUGAAAACCCUGUGCCUAGAUUAGCAUCGUGCCCCAGCCAGCACUGGGAAGCUGCAGGACUCCUGAACACCAGCCCGCAAAGCAUCCUUGUCUCCGCUCCAACUGUUCCAACGUGUGCCAAAUUUGAUAUAGGAUUUAACAACCAUAGGUUUCCUUCAAUGCCUUAAAUUGCCAGCGAUCGCUUUUGCAAGAGCCGGAGACGCCGCGCGUGGUGUGUCAGUGCCCCGGCAGGGUUAUCAGCACCAGACCUCGCUGCCCUUGCGGUGCUGCCAGAGUAGUUCCUGGAACCAGCAAAUUGUUUGCUCGCACUCUUUCCUCUUCUAUUGUAAGGCACAAGUUAAUAAUUAAAAAAAGAAAUAGUUGUGUGGAUCAAA